CGUCCCAAACUCUUACACUCCUUCAAGAAUAUAUUUAGCAACUCUCUCAGCAGUUCCCUCCUGUGUACUCUCCAUCGUUUCCCCAUGUUUCCCCUUUUGUCCCCAUACUCUCCUGAGAGCAAAGAUGUGGAGCAUUGAGAGCAUCGCCCUUCCCCUGAGCAUGGUGUUGGUUCAGAUCUUUACCACGGGCAUGCUCAUAUUGUCAAAGUUAGUGCUCAACCAGGGGAUGUUCAUCUUUGCACUCCUCUUUUAUCGCAAUGCCAUCGGGGCGAUCUUCGUGGCACCCUUCGCCUUCUUCUUCGAGAGGGGUAUGAGGAGGGAGCUGAAUGGUGCAGCAUUUCUUUGGAUUUUUAUCAAUUCAAUUUUUAUAAAUCUAAUGGCAAUGAGUUUGUACUACUACGGCCUACGGGAUACCAAUGCAUCAUAUGCUGUUAAUUUCUUGAAUUCGAUCCCUGUUGUCACAUUUAUCUGCGCCGUCAUCCUUAGAGUAGAGAGGCUGGGGUUAGGGAGCAGGGCAGGAAGAAUGAAGAUCCUUGGUACUUUGUUAUGCGUAGGAGGAACAAUGGUUGCUACUCUCUACAAAGGCAAAGCAUUACACCUAUUCCAUCACAUUUUGAUUCACACUAGCACGACAGAGGGGGCCAGGAACCAUAAUAUGCUGCGUGGGACACUAUUUCUGAUUGCUAGCUGCUUGGGCUAUGCAUUUUGGUUCCUAACACAGGUUAAAUUGUUUAGAGUCUUUCCUUCCAAGUAUUGGGCAACGAUGUUGACAUGUGUGGCAGGAUGUUUCCAAUCUGCAGUGGCAGGGGUAAUAAUAGAGAGAGGAAAAGCUGGAUGGUGCUUAAAAUGGAAUUUGAAACUAGCAACAAUAGUAUUUUCGGGUGUACUGAAUACAGGUGCCACAUUUUGCAUGAUAACGUGGGCCGUCUCACGGAGAGGUCCUACAUAUCCUCCUAUGUUCAACUCCUUAUCGGUGAUCUUUACGUUGGCCUUUUCAUGUUUAUUCAUGGGACAAGAUCUCACAAUUGGAAGCUUAUUGGGCACUUGUUUGAUAAUUGUUGGGCUAUAUACAUUUCUAUGGGGCAAAAAGCGAGAAUUAUUACUAAAUACAACAGAAGUCGGAAAUAUUGAAGAAACUCUAAAUGGAACUGGAACUCCACGAUAGCCGUCUAAUCCUUAUUUGUUAGAUGAAGUUAUUGGUAGAAACAUAUUUUACAAUUCAAAUGCCAUGCCUCUAUGGAAUGCUUCGAUAAUGAUGGUGGUAUUAUUGUGUAUAAUUGUCCAUGAUUAUGGAUGAUUAGUAAUGUUGUUAAAAGCCCUGCUGGCCUUGGAAGCAAGGGAAGGGUCAUCAUGGUGCGCCUCCGGCACACGAUGUGAUCAUAAUAGUUGCCACAUGCUAUAUUAGAUGUUUUGUUCUUUGUAGGUGGACAAUUUUUAUAAGCCAAUAAAGAGCAUCUCAAUAACAA